GUCAGCAUGGGAAGAAGUUAAAGUGUUUCAGAAUAAAAAUCUAAAGUUGGACUAGCCUACAAUUAAAUUGGAACCAACUGCUUUAGAAUAACUUGUGGUCAUUAUCAUUCAAACCAGAAAAUGAAAUGGUUAAAACAUUUGCAUUAUGUUAUUAUCAAGGUUGGAAGAAAAGACUUAGUGUUAUUUUAAUACUUCGAAGUGCUGAGGAUGACUUAAAUCCAGUUCUACUGUUUGAUAGCAUUGAUAGCAAGUAUUACAAGACUUCUUGCUUUAUCUUUAUAUUUAUAACUUAUGUUGUGAUCACGACAUGGUUUAAAAUGUAUAUCUAUACAUCAUUGUUUAAAUAACAUUCAGAUUUCACUGUUUCCAUAGUAAUUAGGUUUUGAGAAACUCUGUGUACAUAUCAUUAUAUUAGGUCCGUAUAAAUUGAGUAAUAUUAUAAGAUAACAGAGAUAAUGACUGAUAUUUGUAUUUGAUUAUCUUUGAUUAUCUACAGUGAAGAUGAUAAUAAUGAAAUACAUGUUAAUAAGUAUAUUUAACCCAUCAUUCAUGGAGUAAAGUCCAUCAAAAAUGACGUGGCUUUUACCGUACUUCAUCUUCGGUGGCCAUUUUUUGGUUCUCAAAAACGCUCAGGAAUAGAUCUUCUCUAUCAUAUUUGUUAGGAAACCAGUAUAUCAUCAAAAUGGCUGUGGCUUGCUGUAUACUUCCCGUUCUCAUAUUAGCCCUCAUCGGACAAAUAACGACCUCGGAAACAGAGAUGGAGAUAGACUGCAAUCAUAGGGAACUGGAAGGAAAGACUAUAUGGAACUGUUCUGAUGUCGGUGACUUCAGCUUUCCUGAAACACACAUUCCUUUUCACAUUACUAUCAUGGAUUAUAGUCAUAAUCUUAUUCAAGAACUACCAGCUAUUAUACAAGAUGCUGAACUACCAUUAGAUUGUUCGAAAUCUGGUAAUUUACGGGAGUUAUAUCUUCACCAUAAUAAGAUUGAAGCCGUACCAGAUGAUGUCUUCCAAUCCCUUCAUUGUCUUCGUGUAUUGGAUUUAUCAUUUAAUAAAUUCAGUGGUGAGAAAAUCACAGCAAAGACUUUUCAAGGUCUACACAAACUUCAAAAAUUAAACCUGCGCGGCAACCCAUUGGAAAUUAUCAAAGACACUUCAUUCUUGUUUUCAGAUCUUAAUAACCUGAAAUUUUUGGAUAUUUCUCAAUGCCAGAUAAAAAUCAUAGAAAACAAUGCUUUGAAUCAUUUAUAUAUCGACACAUUGAAUCUAAGUUCGAACAGUUUGACAGAAUUGAAUAAAUGGCAGUUCAAUGGUUUAAAUUUCUUACACGAUUUGGAUUUAAGCAACAAUCAGUUGACUGAAAUUAACAAUCUAACAUUCCAUGCAUUAUUAGCUCUUCAAAACUUGAAUUUAUCCUCCAACACGAUAUUUCAUCUUCAAAUUGGAGCGUUUGAAGGAUUAGAUAGACUAGAAUCCAUGUCUCUACGGAAUAACAAAUUGGGCGACAUGCCUUAUCAGACAUUCGAGUACCUGAAAAAAUAUUUGAAGGAACUGGAUUUAAGUGGUAACCUGUUCAACUCUAUUGGAGAAGUGGAUUCUGGGUUAACGACAAACAUUGAAAUCCUGAGACUUGAAGAGUUACCACGUUUGAAAUCAGUUGGAUCUCGAGCCACCAAAAUGUUUCCUCAUCUGAAAUCUAUUUAUCUACGUGGAAAUCCAAGUUUGAACUCUAUAUCAGAGUAUGCCUUUAAAGACAGUUUCUCAAAUCUACAGUUCGUUUACAUCAGUGAAAAUCAUUUAGAAACGAUAUAUCAUAAUACUUUUCCUUGGAAACAGUUGAAAGAAUUAAAGUGGUCUGGAAAUCCAUGGAAUUGUGACUGUCACCUCAAAUGGUUGGUGACUCUUCAUGAAAUUAACACUACACUCACGUGCCACGCUCCUACUAAGUUCGAAGGACGUCGAUUACAAGAACUACAUCCAUUGGAUUUAAAAUGUCCUCGUUCUUUUAUGUAUAUAUUAAUAGGAGUAGUGUUAGCUCUAUGUUGUUUAAGUAUUGGUGUAAUGAUUUAUCUGGUGUGGAAAUAUAAAGGUAAAUGUACCUCGUGUCAUCCCAGACAGGGUAAAUAUAUCUCAGUUUACACCAAUGAAGGUGCUGAUGACGAAGCUAGAGCUACCAUACUUCCUGUACGAGAUGAUAUGGAACUUACAGAAAGACAAAUAGCAAAAGUACCCAGUGAACAAGUUUGAUUGUCAUUUGUUAUAGGAAGACUAAAAAUUUCAAUGUACAGCGUAGGCCUUAUGAUUUUGUAUAUGGAGACAUCGAAAAUCAAUGUUGAAUUCCUUUACAGGAUUUUAGUUCAUUUCAAAAUAAUUGUUGAAGUAGGCCUUCGUUAUAUUCCAUGCAUCAAGAUGAUCUUUUUUUGUGUAUUCGUGUGUGUAUUUGUAUAUUAUAGCAUAUAUUAUACUGUAAAUAUCAUCUCAGUGAUUAAACAUUUGUGAAGGUU